AUGGCGACAGGUGUAAUCGCUCACGGCCAGGUUGUAUCGGGGUUAAGUGUGCGGAGUGUGAUGCAUAAACACCUGGAGAAGAUGGGUGAGGUGAACUUCGACAAAAUCUUCAACCAAAAACUCGGCUACCUCCUUUACAAAGACUUUAGUGAGAACGUGUGUGAAGAUCCUGUACAUCAGCUCAAGUUUUACGAGGAGAUCAAGACGUACGAGAAGAUAGAGAACAAGGAAGAGAGAAGAAAGGUCGCCAGGGAGAUCUACGACAACUUUAUUAUGAAGGAACUAUUAUCUAAUACUCACGCGUACAACAAGGAGUCUGUGGCGUUUGUACAAAAACACCUCACGAAAAACGAAGUUCCUACUGACUUAUUUGAGCCCUACAUAGAAGAAAUAUUCACUCAUUUACGCGGGGACCUCUUUAACAAAUUUGUGGAAAGUGACAAAUAUACCAGAUUUUGCCAGUGGAAAAACCUAGAGUUGAAUAUUCAGCUGACGAUGAACGACUUCAGUGUACACAGGAUCAUUGGUCGUGGCGGCUUUGGUGAGGUGUAUGGGUGUCGCAAAGCUGACACUGGCAAGAUGUAUGCCAUGAAAUGCCUCGACAAAAAACGAAUAAAAAUGAAACAGGGUGAAACUCUAGCACUCAAUGAACGGAUUAUGCUCUCACUAGUCAGCACAGGGGUGGAUUGUCCGUUCAUUGUUUGUAUGACUUAUGCUUUCCACACUCCGGACAAGCUGUGUUUCAUCUUGGACCUCAUGAAUGGAGGCGAUCUACACUAUCACUUGUCCCAACAUGGUGUCUUCAAUGAACAGGAAAUGAGAUUUUAUGCUGCGGAAGUCAUAUUAGGACUAGAACACAUGCACCGACGAUACAUUGUUUAUCGAGACCUAAAACCAGCUAACAUUCUCCUGGAUGAACAUGGUCACGUCAGGAUAUCAGAUUUAGGUCUAGCUUGUGAUUUUUCUAAAAAGAAGCCACAUGCAUCAGUUGGGACUCAUGGCUAUAUGGCUCCUGAGGUGCUGAGUAAGGGAACAGCUUAUGAUAGUUCAGCAGAUUGGUUCUCCUUUGGUUGUAUGUUGUACAAGUUGCUCAAAGGACAUUCUCCAUUCAGGCAACAUAAAACUCGAGACAAACAUGAAAUAGACCGCAUGACCUUAACGAUGAAUGUUGAGCUUCCCGAUACAUUCACGCAAGAGCUUCGGGGUCUUUUAGAAGGCCUUCUUCAUAGAGAUGUUGACAAAAGACUGGGUUGCAAAGGAAAAGGGGCUGAUGAAGUCAAAGAGCAUCCAUUCUUUGGGGGUCUUGAUUGGCAACAGGUUUACCUGCAGAAGUACCAGCCACCUCUUAUUCCACCCCGGGGAGAAGUUAACGCAGCGGACGCAUUUGAUAUAGGAUCAUUCGAUGAAGAGGACACAAAGGGCAUUAAAUUAACUGAAGCAGACCAGGAACUAUACAAAAACUUCCCACUAGUAAUCAGUGAACGGUGGCAGACAGAAGUGGCUGAAACUGUAUUUGACACUGUGAAUCUGGAAGCAGAUAAAGUUGAACACAAACGACGUGCAAAACACAAGUUUAAGUUUGAUGCAGAUGAAAAAGAAUCAGAUUGUAUAAUUCAUGGCUACAUUAAGAAGUUAGGAGGACCAUUCACAUCAGCUUGGCAAACAAGAUAUGCAAAGCUAUACCCAAAUCGUGUUGAACUGCACUCAGAAUCUAGCUCGGGCAAGCCGGAACUCAUCUUCAUGGAUCAGCUAGAUGACGUUUCUUCAGAUUUUGUGCAAAUAAAAGGAGAGAACUGUAUUGUUCUUAAGACCAAAGAUAGCAAGAUUGUUCUAACAAAUCCUGAUGAAAUUGGUCUCAAGGAAUGGUCCAUGUCCUUACGGUCAGCUCAUAAGAUGUCCCUUGAGCUUCUAAGUAACAUGGCUAAGAAGGCUGGGAAAAUCUACGGAACUGAGGGUAACAAUAAACCCUCUUUGAUGGCUAGGAAUGGCAAUGGUAAUUAAAUUGAAGAUAAAGUGAAGUUUCCUAGUGCACUAUAUGUUACCACUUUGACCAACUAUGAUUCUCAGAAUAACCAGGAUUCUGGUAAAGACUAUUUACUUCCUCCUGACUAAUAAACAGGGUGUUCAGGCAACACAAGGAGAGAAGAACAAGUUGUUAACCAAAGUAGUUGUAGCAAAAAAUGUGUCAUUGUUAAUGGAUGCAACACUAUUAUGUGCAAAAACUCAAGUUUCUUGUAUGAUACACAAAGGGACUGAAAAAAAAUAGCAACUGUGAUUAGAUUAAAAAUAAUCAAUUGGAAAUGGAGAACAAGAAAAGGCUUAUGUUUAUCAUUAGACUACAUAUAUAUCAUGUUCAUUAUGGAACUUAGUUCACAUGAGACAGAAGUCAUUCCAUCUGGUUUCAUAGGACCUUCUGGAGGUUUGUGAUACAGAUUCUCAAGAAAUGCUUUUUAGCAGUGAGUCUUUUCUGAAAAUAUGAAAUGCAGUGCAUUAGUGAAAAUAGCAUCCAAUCAGAGAUAAAAUAGAAGGAAUAAAUCUAUUUUCUUGGAUAUGCUGUGUACAUUUAACUCAGUAUUGUAAUGUUGCUACACACUACUGUUGUGUACAUUUGUGUCUCCAGAAAGUGAUUGAAGAGUUGAAAAGAUGUGCAUCACUGAUAUUUCAAAGAUUAUAUUAACAGUGGAAUAUAUAUUGGCUGAAAAUUGGGAUAUGAGUAGGUGGAAAAACCAUUUGUAGCAGAUCUCUUAUUGCUUGUUGUAUCCCAAAAUGCACUUCAAUCCUCUUGGUUUAUUUUAGGUAAACACAUGAGGUGGAGUUAAUCUUUGAACUUUUUAAGUGUUCACAGCUCUAUUUUUGUGCCAGACAGUAGGACUGAAUCUUUAGGAUUAACUGUUACACUGACACUGUGAUGAUGUCUUACUAAGUGAGUGCGUCGCGAGAUGAGAUGUGGGAUUAAUUUAAUGUGUUGCCAGUGACAACAUGAGCAGUAAACCCCUAUGGUGGACCUGUUGCCAGCUUCUCUUGUUGACACUCUGUCAACUUUGGUGUUGGUAAAAAGAAUUUUCAUGUUUGUGCUGUUUGUGUUUCUUUCUUGUGUGUGCACUUAAUUGUGCUGCUGUGAGAGUGAUUUAAAACAUGUGUCGCAGUAACCUUUAAGAUUCUACGGCUUCAUCAUGAACAACUGUUUGUAUAGAUUACUGUGAGGUGCAGCACAACAUGUUUGCACAGUCUUCUCGAGGCAUUCUUGCUGGGCUUUGUGCACCAAUCCAUAAGCUUGUGACUAUGAAAUGCAAACUUAAUAUACUAUAUUGAGAAAUACUUUUUUGAUCCUUGUGAUAAUUGUGUAUUUUCCUGUUUAUACAGUCAUCUUGUAAGAUGUGUAGUUCUGUACAAGUACAGUCUCAACGGUCAGUAUGGCCAUUGUGUAUAUUGUCAAUUAUUGUCAGGAAACUGGUCACAAAUGCUUCCUCCUCAUCACACUCACCUGAUGAAAGUCAGGAACAGGAGAGCCUCACUUUUUUUUUAACUCUCUUACUGUAUAUCCUAUCUGACAUGUCAAGUGUCUUAUAUACAUCUUAAUACUAUAUAAUUUUUCAUUGUAAUUAAUGAAACAUUAAAUAAAUAACAAUUUUAUUAAUAUUUAUUUAUAAAUAGCUGUGUGUGAAGUAAGUUUAUACUGCUGUGUUGUAUGUGACUGCAUUGCAAUGUAUAUUUAGGAUAUAGUGUGUUGUGUUGAGGGAUAGAGUAGGAGGGAAGCCCAUAAAAAAUUGAACAUAAAUAUGGGAAGCCUGAGACUGGCCUCCUUGGUGAUCCCUACAGCAGAACUUGCGUGUGUCUACUUAACGGAUCCACAGUCAUACGAGGGACAUUAUCAUACUUCCCAUCAUCCUCUUAUUUGUUAAGUGUUAAAAAUUUUUCUUUUGUUUUUUUUGUCCAGCAAUCUUGAGCAUUAACAUCAUUUCCAUCAUCAUGACUCUCAUUAUUAAGGGGAUAAUUUUACAUCAGAGGGGUGUUGCUUUUUUGUUAUAGACUUUUAAGUAAUUCUUUUGUAGAGAUACUGCCACGCUGUGAAGCUUUCAUUUCCUUGUAAACUGUAUUUUCAUAGAUUCAUAGGCAUCCUACAGAUGUUUCAAACUGGUGUUAUUUGAGUAGGAAAAUUGUGUAGAUUGUGGAAAUACGUAGCAUCAUGGGAAAGUCAUUUAUUUCAUGUAUUCACAUGUGAGAAGGCACAUGCAUGCACAUAGUGUACUGGGUUUAGCAAUAAUGAAAAAAGUCUUUCCUGUGUUUUUACCCAGGGAUGCUGAGUUACAUGUGCCAGUUUGUACUGUCAUUGUAGCGCAGACUAUUACAGCAGGAGGGAAGUUAGGAUUCUCUUAAGCUGCUGUCUCAUUUUUUUUUUUUUUUUUUUACAUGGAGGUAUUACACUUUAAAAACAACUGACCAUCAUCCAGUAUUAUACGGAGCAGGGCCUUCUUCAAAUUUUAUUCUUAUUUAUUUAAAUAUUUUUUUUACUAACAAUUUUAUUUUCUGUACUCUCCAGCAAGUAAUCUUAAAUAAUUGUUAUCUGGAUAUUUCUCAAACUGAAUAGUGGAGUCCAAUACUUUUUAUCGUACUGGUUUUGUUACCUUUGUGAUCUUAAGUGUUCAAAAUACUCUUGUCGAUAUAAUCAAAAUUUUUGAUCAGUUAGCAAAACUUUGUAAUUUAAUUCAGUUGAACAUGAUAAAACCAACUUGUAGUAAAUCUUACUUAAAGCAUAUUACAAUAAGUAAUAGUUAGUGUUGUUUUCAUUUUGUGGAUGGUCAAUAAAGAAAUUAGUUUAUGCACUGUAUAAAUAAUGCAGAAUUUUAA